GGAUACUCAAGAGAUGUUUUAUUCUGGCAAGCGACAGAGAUUCUUGAUAAACCAGGGGUACAGUUUCAAGGUACGUAAUUACUGGAAUCUGAUGAGUCUAUAAAACGUUUGCUCAUCCAGAAAACUUAAUCAACAAAGAUGACGUCCACCAAUGGCACGUGCAAACGAAGAACAUUUAUGGCUUGUUGCUAAUCCAAAUAUUUAGUAAUUUGCUCAUCCCUGGUACUUGCUCACCCUGGAUAUUUUAAAGAUACUUGCUUACCCGCGAUAUUUAAUGACUUAUAUAUACUGACUCUGAAUAUAUAACGACUAUUGCUACAUUUUUUAAUGACGGUUUUGAAAAAUCGAUAAUAAGAUAAAACGAGGAUAAAAGAGACCAGAUUAAAUAUUGUUUAUUGUUGCAUAUGAAAUGUUAAUGCUUUGCUUGGUUGUAAGAAAAUAACAUUACUUUUUGUAAAAUUACUUUUGCAGGUUAUAACCAAAUUGGCUGGUAUGGAAGAGGUGUGCACUUACCUUCUUUUUAUAGCUUACUUCAUUUGGUGAGAUUUUUUGAUAAGAAGAUUUUGAACUUUCCAUUUCGAUAUUUUAGGAGAAUUUAGCUUAUGCAACUAAACGAGAACAGCAAGAACUGCUCCAAAAGGUGCAACCUUAUCUUCUAUUUUUAAACAUACAGUUGAUUAUUACAAUCGUGGACAAAUUAUUUGACAAAUUAAAACUUUUUUUGUGGGUCAGUUAUAAUCAAAGUAAAUAAUAUAGAACUAUCAACUACGAGCUCUACAUUCCCUCAAAUCAAUGCUGUUAUCAGGCUGCUUUAUUUCUCUCGCCAUUGCAUUGGUCAGGUGAGAGGGAAGAGCAUGUAGCGUCCAUAAACGUCGAGUUUAUUCUUAUCAGCAAAUAAUUCCUAACAAUUUUCAAGUCAUUUACUCAAUAACUAAGUCACAGAACUAGGUAAUUGAUUUUAGUGAAUAAUUAUCCAAUGAUUACAAAGAAAAAAAUAGGGGUGCACCGGAUUUGGAAUUUUCAAAUCCGGCCGGAACCGGAUUUACCGGAUUUGGACAAAAAUUCCGGCCGGAUUUGAGAUAAACCGGUAAUGGGGACAAUUGGGGAUAAAUCAGUAUUCAAAAUGGCGGUUUAUGUUUUUUACUAUUUUUAGUUAGUGUCAGUUUAGAUUUUUGAUUGUGUUUAAACCUUUUUCAAAUAUAUUUUUGUUAAUAACUUAAUAUUUUAUAAUAAUAUAAGUGUUUUUUAAACUUUAAAGCUGCCAAAUUGAUGGUUUAUCCCAUUCUUGGUGAAUUUUUUAAGGUGAAAACAGAAAUUUAGAUCCGGCCGGAUUUUCUCCAAAUCCGGCCGGUUGGCGGAUACCGGAAAAUUCGUUAAAUCCGGCCGAAUUUCCGGCCGGAUUUGAAAUCCGGUGCACCCCUAGAAAAAAACAAUGGACACUCCGAAAACGAUUUUUCUCAGUGGCCUUUUGGCCAGUGAUUACAGAUGAUUUUGUCAUGUGAAUUUGUCAUUGAUGACCAUGUCAUGUGUUAAACUAGACUAUAGACUCACAGUUCGGAAUGUUGACUAAUCCUACAUUUCUAAGUAUUAAAUUAUUCCUUCUUCAAGGUAUUGGCGGCAAGUGAUAUUGACGCAGACGAAGAAGGUGAUGGUCAGUCUCGAUCAUCGUCACAAGUGAGUGUAUUUGGUUGUUUUAUUUUUUGUUUAUUUAGUAUAUGCCAUACACGAGAAGGGAGUGUGCUAUAGUUAUUUCAAAUAUCAAAGAGUGUGCCAAAAAACGAAGCCGAAUUUUGAAAAUUUUGAUAUGCUUGAAAUACCUCGUAAAACUGCGGAUAGAAGGGGUACAUGCUAUAUUUUUAUCAACUUUGUUGUGUUAUCUUAUUUGGAUAGUGCAUAAAUAAUAGUUAGGGGCUUCGGUGGCCAAGUGGUUAGCGCACUUGCCUUUCACCUCUGAGGCCACAGGUUCAAGCCUCAGUGAGAACUUUCUCAAUGCGACUCGAACCCAGUUCUCAUGUGAAAAGAGUAAAAGUCAACGCUCUGCCGAAGGUCGUGGGUUUUCCCCAGGUACUCCGGUUUCCUCCCACAGGGAAAAUUGACAGGGUGGGUUAGGUAAAAAGGGCCCACAGUAAUUGGCAUAUGCUGUUGUGGUGACCUUGCCCUAGUUGGCAAAGCUAAAUAAGUAAAUUAAAAAACAAACUUUGUUUAUUUCUUGACAUUAAAUAUAUAAUAACUCGACCUCUCCUUAAAGGCAUUUUACUAUUAUGGGUUUGGUUCCCAUGCUGAAAAGUUGAUGUUCCAAGUGCAGUAAUUUAUAUUGUUAUAGAAUUCGAAUGCUGUAGUUCGACGAACCGGUUCAAUGGCGUCUUUAUCAGGAGCAGACAGUAUGGUAUAUCUCGAGUAUCGUAAGCCAAAUAGAGACAGGCAUCCUUUAUUUAAGAAACUUCGAAAAUAAUCCGCAAAGAUUUAAUUUAACAUGUACAGCCAGUAUAUAGAAACCUGCUAUAUAUUCUCCUGCCAAUCGACAUUCAGAAAUAAACCCACUUGGCUAACACAUAUAAUGCACCCGUUGCUACCCAAUUCAUAUUUUCGGAAAACGUACGCGCCUCGUAGCCUCCUCCGCAGGCCUCUCUAUGGGUUCUGGGUUCUAGCCUGCGAAUGGGUUUUGAAAAAUAAAUUUUUCCCACCACCCGACAACAUCACUGUUGUGAUAUACGGUAAGUAUGGAAUGGAACAAAAUUAGCCAGGUCUUAAAAUCGUAUAUGUGGCGGUGGUCUAGGUCUAUAUCAUAUCAUUAUAAUCUGUUAAUAUUUAACUGAUCAAAAUAACCAACCAUUGGCCUUUUAGAAUCGUUUAAGGUGGCUUCACUAACAUAAUUUAUUCCGACUUGUUCAAAUAUGCAAAUGAGGUAAACUGAUAAGGAAAUGUGAAAUUAUGAAAAUAAUUAUUAAAGGUAUAAAUCUUGUCAAUUCA